GUGAAGCCCAUGAUGGAAGAGAUCAAGAUUGAGAGAUUGUGUAAUGCCAAAUAAGAAUCUCAACCGAUCCCGAAUCCAACAAUGAGAGUCUUGCAAAUGGCACACGUUCAUCGAGCAAUCAGAUUGGAUACCAGUGACUGCAAGUCCUGGCUCACGCGACAUCAACGCGGUAGUGGAAUCUCUGAUGUCAUAGCUGGCGUCAGACUCCUGUUCUUCUUUCCAUACUCAUGCGCCCUCUGUCUUUAUGCUCUCGUCUACUGAGGCAGACCCAGAAAAUACCCACCCCAGCGGUGCUUCACUCGCAUGCUGCGCGUCGUUACACCUCUAAGUCCUCCCUCAACAACACGACCGUUGAGCAUGCCCACUUCCUAGCGGAUGCCGCACCUUCUAGUAAGUGGAAACCCGGUCCCAGCGUCGGACACAGCGCCCGCGAAAUGGAUGGAGCUCGCGCGGAUGAUCUUCCUGAGGGGAAAGGGAAACUCGCGUCGACAUCCUCACAUUUAUUCAAACUCAUCCUACCGUUGGGGAUGCUGCACUUUGGAAAAGAGGGGACCAUUCGGCUUGAGAAUCAUCAGAAACACCCCCCACCCACGGUCCUCCUCUUGCAUCCUUCACAACCACUGUCACACGUCAGCCGCCUCAUCCUAGCCUCUCUGGAUCCGGCCACGCUACCAAAGAUCUCGUUUCAAAGUAAAACGCGCACUGGACGCGACUUCCAGUGGUCUGAUUCAACAGAUAUCGGAGAUUUCAUCCGAGAUGCAGCGCAGGCCGCACAUUUCACAAUCCAUUUCACGUCCGAUGGGAAGCAUGACUCUGGCAUUGCUCUCGAAGUGGAGGUUCCCACUGCGGCCGACAGAACUCGCUUCAUGCGACGCCGACUUCAGGCGCUCAACACUCGUAUGAAGAGUAUGGAGAAACUCAAGCUGGAAUGUGACCGGGAAGCACACCGCAGCGCUAAAAGGAUGGCCACGGGAGGAUUUGGAGUCUUAGCUAUGUACUGGGCGUUGGUGGCGCGUCUGACGUUCUGGGACUACGGAUGGGAUGUCAUGGAACCUAUCACGUAUUUGAGUGGUCUCUCUACCGUGAUGGGUGGUUACUUGUGGUUCUUGUAUCAAGGCCGAGAAGUAUCCUAUUCGUCCGUGCUUGACCGGUCAAUCUCGUCGCGAAGACACGCUUUGUACAAGGCUCGCGGGUUUGAUAUUGAGAGAUGGAUGGAACUCGUGACAGAAGCCAAAGCACUGCGGAGAGAAGUGCAGCGGAUCACCGACGAAUACGACGAUACGCGGUCUAGAACCGACGACGAGCAGGAGGAUGAAGAUACGGAGAAGGAGGAGGAAAAAGAGAAGGGGAAGGAGAAGGGUGGAAUUCUGUCAGAAUGAGAUAUCUACCAACGGCAGGAAUCUAGAUCUCUUGAGCGGUUCCCACAUUCCUUAUACCUAGAAUACAAGUUUGGCGAGCUGGGCAGGUGGACAGGGGACACUUAUUUCGCGCUCUAGCUGUGCUUGG